CCGUACCGUUCAGUACUGUGCCAAAUUCCAUGCCGUUAAGUUACCCGGCUCCUGUCGCUGGAAAAUACCCCGGCUGGUGUGUCCGAUCAACCGGGACCGGGGAUCAAUGAGCCUGUGGAACACUUGCUCACACCGAGAGGGCGGCAGACUGUGGGUGGGAGCGUGUGGAUGUGUUCUGGAAAGGUGUAGAGUGUGCGCUGCGUGUGCAGUCACGUUUCAGUGAGUACUUUGUAAGAUCGUAUCGUGCGAAUCGUGGAAGGAGAAAAGCCUUCGGAAAAGUGUCGUAUCAGAUUCUGAUGCUUCCUGUAGACCGAAAACGUGCAAAGGAUCACACGGGAUGUGUAAAGUGAGCAACGGAAAAAAAGUUUUAACCAAACCAAAGGGCAAAAAAGAAUGAAGCAAAGCACUCGUGUCUGGUUCAAGCACACGUUACAUGGCAUGAAAAAAUCGAUCGAGAAACCAACAUGGUGCUAGUGGUGAAGGACGCCAUUACAGUUUUCGAAUGCGACAAAAGCAAAUUGUUCGAGAAGUGAUCGCACGGUGGUUUAAAUGAAUCAAACCAAUGGCAUCCGUUUCAUGACGUAAGGAAGUAAGAAUUUCGUCAUCCCCGUCAACGACUCAGCGUUUCGUUUCGGAAGCAGAAGAGCAGGCCUGAAAGUGCUCACCGGUGGCAGCACUGGUGCAAGGACAUCCAUCUUCAUGGAGCAAGGCUGGAGGGAAGGAUGGCGACAAACGACGGUUCCCCGUCGACUUCCUUCCCAAUCAGUAGUGGUGUGAUGGUGACGACUUUAUGCCCCGAAGCGCCCUCUAGCGUGCGGCGAAGACGGCGCCCCACUGUUUGCCGACAUCUUCGGUCCAUCCAUCAGGUGCCGGUGGCCACUACGCGGAAAGAUGCAGGGUGUGAUCGGAAUGUGAGACAAGCGUGAAACGAGGGAAAUAAGAAGAAGCUAAAAGUGUCAACCUGUCGGGCACCUUCCGAUGCGCUGUGUGACCUUCUCGCCCGAUAAACAGUAGAGCGCAAAGGGAUUGCCGCGAAACAAGUAAACCAGGAAGCGUCAAAGACGGCUGCAAGCUUAGAGACAAUUCUUUCUGCCUAAUGAUUUUUUUCUCUGUGCUUAUUGUUCGUACACGUAGUGGGAUGAGCAAUAGUUCAGGCGGUGUUAAGUUACUGCUCGCCCGCUACCGUCACCGGGCGGAUGAAGAUUCCCGCCAGACGUGCGUUUUCGAGUGUGCAGUCGAGUGAAGGGUUGCGUUCGCAGUGUGCAAAACGCUCAAGUGGUUUCCUGGAGGGCGCGUAUUAGUGUGCGGGGCGUAUAAGUGGUGUUGUUUGUGUGUGUUUGUGUGCGCGCGUGUAUGUGAAUACCCUAGUACCGGCGGCCAGCCCAGGGCGUCCCAGGGAGCCCGUACCAUACACGAUGAAACUCAGUGUCAGUGCCUAUCGAGCCCAUGCAUCAGCACACAAGAAAAUCCUCUCCAGCAGUAGCUAUCAGACACAGUUCAACUACGGAAGUACGGCGGCCGCUUCCAGCUCAGCACCGACCUCGUCGGCACUGUUUUCACAGGAUAAAUGUUGACAUUGAGGUGUUAUUUGUUGAUAACCGUCUGGUGUUAGGCUCGACGGUCAGCUUGAACGGGAUUUCCUGGGCAAACGGUACGACGAUGGACCCGACGAAUCCGAGUGCAACAGGGACAGCAUCCGGAGGGGCAAUACUACCAACAUGUUCGACCAUAUCGUCCGCCAGCUCGCAGAUGCAUCAGCACCAUCAUCACCCGAACCCGGCGGCCACACCGUUCGGUGCGAUCGGCGGUGCUGCAUCCGGUCACGGGGCCACCGGAAGUGGAUCCGGAGGCGGCGUCGGCGAGCAUGCGUCCAGCCUGCUGAGCCCGACGCUGCUGUCCCCGGGGACAAACACCGGCACCGCCUCAAUAGCGACCUCGCGUGACGAGGAGGAUGACUCGAGCAAUCAGGCCUCCUCCGGCAGCAAGGGUUCCGGCCAGCGGACGAAGUCAAACCAGCGAUGGAUGAAGUUGCGCACGACGGUACAAAUAUCCUCUGCCAUGCAGAAGAAACCACCUCUCAAGCGAGAGGAUUCCUUUCUAAAACGCUUUUCCACGCGCCAGAUACCGGAAGCUCAGGAAACGGUGGAAGAUACCGGCUCCGAGGGUGCGACCGAUGCCGAGAAAACAGUCCGACGGAGGCGUCGGUUUGCCAAAAUCCCGCGCACGGUCGUGAACCCGGACGAGAACUUCUACUUCUACUGGUUGAUGCUCGUCACGAUCAGCAUACUGUACAACCUCUGGACGCUAAUCGUGCGCCAGAGCUUCCCGGAGCUGCAGAGUAAUGCGAGCCGCUUCUGGCUGUCCUGUGAUUGCUUCACCGAUAUAGUAUUCAUCUUCGAUGUGGCGGUACAGCUGCGCACCGGCUACCUGGAGCAAGGUCUGAUGGUGUACGACUCGCGGAAGCUGGCUGGCCACUAUCUCCGAUCCCGUGCUUUCCUCCUAGAUUUGGCGGCACUAGUACCGCUAGAUAUUCUACAGUUCCGGCUCGGUAGUCAGCCGAUGUUACGAUUUCCGCGGUUUUUCAAAGUCUAUCGAGCGGUCAAGUAUUACUACAUCGUAGAGAGUCGCACCGUGUGGCCUAACCUAUGGCGCGUCGUGAACCUCAUACACAUCCUGCUAAUAUUGGCCCACUGGUUCGGAUGCUUCUACUUCCUGCUGUCCGAGGCCGAGGGCUUCCAGGGCGACUGGGUGUAUCCGUAUCGGCCCGGCGAUUAUGCCACGCUCACGCGCAAGUACCUCGGCAGCCUGUACUGGUCGACGCUGACGCUAACCACCAUCGGGGACCUACCGACGCCGGAAACGAAUGCCGAACCGUCACAAUCGGCGGACGGCCCUAGAUCACUUCCCAGGCGCGGCCUCAAGUCCAGACUGCUGCAGUUCAACUCAUCCCGCGGGUACGUGUUCACCAUCGUCAGCUACCUGAUUGGUGUCUUCAUCUUUGCCACGAUCGUCGGCCAGGUGGGCAAUGUUAUUACGAACCGCAAUGCCAACCGUCUCGAGUUCGAGCGACUUCUGGACGGUGCAAAGACGUACAUGCGGCACCACAAGGUACCGGGUGGAAUGAAGCGGCGCGUACUCCGGUGGUACGAUUACAGCUGGUCACGCGGCCGAAUACAGGGCGGCGGAGACAUCAACACCGCACUCGGGCUGCUGCCGGACAAGCUUAAAACCGAACUGGCCUUACAUGUCAAUUUGAGCGUGCUGAAAAAGGUGACAAUAUUUCAAGAGUGCCAGCCGGAGUUUCUGCACGACCUGGUGCUGAAAAUGAAGGCCUACAUCUUUACGCCGGGCGACUCGAUCUGCCGGAAGGGUGAGGUCGCCCGGGAGAUGUUCAUCAUCGCCGACGGCAUCCUGGAGGUGCUGAGCGAAACUGGCAAGGUGCUGACCACGAUGAAGGCGGGUGACUUUUUCGGCGAGAUCGGCAUCCUCAACCUGGACGGGUUGAACAAACGAACAGCCGAUGUGCGCUCGGUCGGCUAUUCGGAGCUGUUCUCGCUGUCCCGCGAAGACGUCCUGACUGCGAUGAAGGACUACCCGGAAGCACAAGAGAUCCUGCAGACGCUGGGUCGGAAAAGACUGAUGGAGGUGCGCUGCGUCAACAAGAAGCACGCCAACAAGCACGCCGCUAAGGAACACGCCGGUGAUCGUAGCUCAAAUACCCACAAUAACCAAGGUGAUAGUAGUGAUAAUAGUGCCUCAAAACGUAUCGUAGAUAAGCUUAGGAGUGAUGUUAAGGGACUGAAGAAUGUGCUGCGCAAGUCCAGGACGGGAACAACUAGACGCAGCAAUGAGUCGAUCGAGAUGCAGCCACUGCACGGGAACGCGACCUCGGGCGGAGGAUCGGGCGGUGCGGGCAGUGGCGGCAGUGCCGGAAGCGGAGGCAGCAAAACGUCCAAAACGAUGCUGAAGCGCAUGCCGCGCGUCAAGUCGGACGACAUACACACGGAGGACGAGGGCAAGGACAAUGACAAGGUGCCGAGCCCGAUCGGUGCCGGGCUUCCACUGCUGCAACGUCUCCGGCUGCUUAAGGAGAAACAAGAUCGCGAAGAACGAGCCGCGAAGGCGACUGCACAAAUUAUCUCACCGCCGCAUACUCACGUAACCUCUGCCAUAUCACCACAGGAAUCGAUACAGGAAGAACCGGAACCGGAAGUGAUCGGCGCCGGGUUGCCGCUGAUGCAAAGACUGAAAUUGCUCAAAGCGAAAGAGGAUCGGCUAGCGAAGGAAAGCCAAUCGAAGCUGCAAGUGACAUCGAACCAAACAUCAAGCUCACCAUCGAUCGUACAAAGCAUGAGUCCGACGUCCCCGACGGUGAAGGCACCGCCGAGUCCGAUCUUAAACACGACGGGUGUGGCAGGACAUCACGCCAAACCGACGAUGCGCGUGUCGUUUAAGGAGCGCCUUCGCCAACUGCACCAUCAAGACUCCAAGCAUCACGGCGAAUCGAAGCCCUCCUCCGUACCGGUCACGAUACACGAGACCACCGACAUGAAACAGCACCUGCUGCCGAUUGUACCAUCGCCCGGCAGUAAAGCGCAGCCGAUACAGCAGCAGCAUCAUCAACAACAAUCGCACCAUCCCAGCAAGCCGUCCACCGCGCAGUCCCUGAAGGAUAAGAUACGCUCGCUGGGCCACCUGAAGGCGGACGAUCAGCUGAAACCGUGGUCCAAGCUGAAGCUGGCAACGGUGGUCAGUCUCGGCGGAAGCUACACCAGUCUCAACAAUGCCGCGUCCGAGGAGUCACCCAUUCUGAAGCAAUCCAAGCGCAGCCGGCUCAAAACUUCCAUCCCUGCCGAUCUCAAUCUGAACUCGCUGGUCUCGAUGACGCCACCGCCCAUUUCUUCUGCCCCACCGACCACGUGUGCUCCACCGUCGUCCUUUCUGCCGAAUAAGAUCCUAUCCUGUGCGGCGGGCGAAGCAGCCUCGGUCAGCGACAGCGAGGUAGCCAGUGGUAGCCGGACGCAACGGACCACUGGCGACCAAGGGGGCGCCCGUGCCGUACCGGCGCGCGUGCGCAUGAAACCGAAACCCAUCAAGCUGGAGUCCACCGAACCCAAGAGCUACCUGUCGAUCGACGACCUGUCGCCCGAAUAUUGCGGCCUGCCCUUCGUCAAGAAGCUGAAGAUCCUGAACGAGCGCCAGAAGCUGGCCGAACUGGAGUCGGCAAUCAAGACGCGCAGCCUCAGCCUGGACUGUACCGAUUCGAACACCAGCACCGCCAGCACGCAUGACCUGCUCGACCAGCUGACGCGCAGCCAGAGCGAGGGCUCCGGCAUGGCGCACACGGUCCGCUCCAAGAGCGAGUCGCCGAAGCGCUCCGACUCGAACGGGCUGUUACCGCUCAGCCCCGAGUCGAACGAAACGCUCGAGCGGCGCCAGCUGAAGAGCAUACUGAAGAAGCUGUCCGAGGAUAAGGCCGCGCUAGAACAGCGCCCGAACCGCGAGAACCUCAAGAAGCUGAUGCGAGCGCAAACGGUCGAAGGGUACGUUGCCAGACACAGCAAAUUCACCAAAAGCGUCACCUUCCAUAGGAACACACUCUCUAGCCCUCCCAGCAGUGCUGCCCAGUGUGACCCUAUUGAAGAACGUAGUCUUUUUCCCCUUCUUAGCGCACAAACGGCCACCGGCAUCGUGCCGGGCGUGCCACAUUCCGUAGCGGCGGCCCCGUUGGCCACGUCGCACGUCGACGAGCGUCUGUCGGCGGUGGCCACCGCGUCCAUCGAACAGGAGCACGAACGCUACUACCAGGUGCUGCACGAGGAGCACCACCACCACGAGGAGCACCAUCACCGCGCGGAGCACCGUCAGUUUCACCGCGGGGUGUCACCGACGGGGCUCCCAGGCCCGACGAUCGGUGACGACGAUACGCGCAACGCCCUGGCGGUCAUCAGCAAUGGUGACGCACACCGGGGCUUCCCCUACGAUCCGCACGCCGAACAGGAGAUGGAUCUAGUGCCGGGGGACGGUGCGGAUCCGGUGACCAGAUCGUCCCUCUCCGCCCUAGCCAGCCAGCGCAAGUUGAUCAAAGGUUCGCUGGAGGAGCAGGAGUUUUUCGGCGAAGUGCUGCUGGGCAUCAAGCAGGUCAUCCAGUCGCACAUGAAGGACAUACAGGUGAAGUUUCAGGACGAGUUCUUCAAUCUGGAGCAGGAGGUGAAGAAGCGGGACGACAUCAUAUCAAAGCUGCAGAAUCGCAUCCUGGAGCUGGAGGCGGAGCACCACGGUCUGGUGGGACUGCAGGUACAGUUGCCCCCGGAGCAGGGCGACAUGUCUUACCGCAAGUCCGGUUCGUCCGGAUCGGGCAGCACGGGAUCGUCCAACGAGCUACCGUUUAUGCGCGGUGACUCACUGGAUACCAUCUUCGCUUCCUCCCCGCACUCCGACUCGGACGCCCCGCGGCAACCAAAAACACGCAGCAGAAAGCCGCGCACAUCGCCCCGCCACCGCCAGCUACGCAACCGUCCCAACUGGGACGAGUCAACCGAUCAGGAGAGCUUCGAUCGGAAAGACUCACCACCGAUCGGUCCACGCCCGCCGCCCGGUGGCAACGGUGCACCGGCCGGCGGAUCUUCCACUGGACCUCCACCCCCCGUACCGCCGAGACGAAUGUCGGCAACGGCUACCUCCACCACCACCGCCGUUACCAUGUCCGCUACGACGGACCGUAUCCGCAGCCCGUACCGCGAUCUGGUCAUUUCGGAGCUCACCGGGAACAUCGUUUCCGACAGCGUGAUUGUAAACAUUGAGGCCACGUCCAGCUCGCAGUCGGAAUCGCAGUCCGAAAACGAUCAGCCUUACGGGGAGGAAGAAGAGGAAGAGGACGAGCAGGGCGAGGCGAGGCAGCUAAUGCGGCAUCGGCGCUCCCGGAGCCGCGAAACCGACGAUGACGACAACGAUGGUGCGGAUGAGGAGUGCGACGAUGAGGCAGUAUUUGGCGAAGAGCUCGAGGGAGAGCUUGAGCAGGAAGAGGAGGAAGAGGAGGAAGAGGCAGGCAAUGAGGAGGAAGACCAAGAAGAGGAAGAACAGGCAGAGGAGGAAGAGGAGGAGGAGGAGGAGGAGGAAGAGCUCAAUCACAACGACUGGGAGGUGCGAAUGCUGGCGGCGGAGCUGAAGAAGCGCGAAAGCAUCAGCACCGACUUCCCGGCCGAUCUGGAGGGUGGCGACGGGUUGGUGCGCCGUCGCAGCCACCGCAAGCGCAGCGACACGGACACGGACGGUAGCGAGGGAACGGAGCGGGACGCGUUCGGGCGGCCGCGAGCCUCCAGCCUCGAUCAGCACAAUCUGCAGCGGCGGGCCGCCUUUGGGCGGGCGGGCCGAGCCCCGACCAUAGCGGGCCCACCGUCGGCCGGCCCCAGUGCGCCCCGGUCGCGGGGCGGUAUCUUUAAGGCCUUGAGCUUCGACCGGGACAAAGAUCGUCUCUGAGAAUUAACGCUUCACUGUGAGGUGUGCAUGUUUACCAGCAUCACCAAGGUCGUCGUGAUCGAGUGGAAUCGUGCCGACCGGGGAUCGACGGUUCGUCCAGCACCGAUCGCCGGAGCGGCCCGAACAAGCCGCUCCGUCUCUAGCAGCUGUGAGGCGUGAUGCGCUGCACACUCGCAACACCCCAACCAACCAAUCCAACGCCCUGUGCCCUUUUCGCCCGAAACAAUCCAGCGCAGUGCAGUUCCGUUACGACCCAGUAGUGAGAUUAGGCGUGUAACUCAAUUGGCAAUUCGUUUAGCAAUCGUUGAGCUGCUAGCAGUCUCUCGUACCCAUUCCCGUCCAAGCAAAAAAAAACCGCAAUGCUUAGCAAUUGUUGUUUCCUGUGUUUGUGUUGUUAGGUUUACUGCACCACUUUCUUCCUGCACAUCGAACAAAUCGGCAUCAAAUAAGCGGCAGAAGUCAUACAGGCUUCAAGGAAGUAGACACGCUUGCUACCCUGCAAUCGUUCUUAGACGUUCAGGCAUCCUAGUCUCCCUGAUCUCGAUGCGAGGAACCGAAAUAUGUCUAGCACAAAGCAAACAAACCGAUUCGCCAACGAAGUACAGUAGACGAUUCAAAGCUGCUCCUCCCUUUGUUUUGUAAUCGUGAUCGAUCAUACGUUCCAAAUUUCGGUAUGCCUUGUUUGUUCACUGUUCAAGUGUUUGCUGUAGCGUUAGGGAUUACUCUUCAUCGAUAGUGUAACUAGCGACAAACUAAUAUAAUCUAAUCUAUGAGCUAUGAUCUAUGGGCAGGGAAACAUCAAGCAGAAUGAGUGAGUGGAAUGUGUCUCUAAACAGAUCCAUGGUGGCUUAAAAAAGCUUAACUUUCUCCAAUCCCGGCAACCAGCAGAUACAAUACUUACAACUGCUGCUAAUCUCCUCUGAAAGGAGAAUUGCAACAUGGCGAGGGCUUCGUUGAAAAGCAAAGGACAACAAAUCUAGUUUGUACGAUAAUAAACGUAGGCCUGUGUGCGGUACGGUGCACACCGAUGGACCCGAUGGACCUAAACCGUAGGAAGUUAACGUAAUAAUCAAGCAUAGAAGGGUAGUAGCAAAUGCUUUACUUAUACGAAAACCAAAACAAAUCGACCAACAGCACCCGUUCGCAUUAGUCUAGGAAUGUAAACAAAGGAAAGGGUUCAAGCUGAAUUCGAAUUUUGCCGUACGAGUUCCUGAUCGUUCCAUUUCGAUUUUUGUACACCUUAACCUAGAGCGCCAAACCGUCGCUAAUUUAUAAGAACAGAACAAAGUAACUAUAAAAUCGUUACAGCUAAAGAGUUUUUUUGUUGUAUAUUCUGUUAUUAGGUGAAAAUAUUCGAUAACGCUGUUUUGUAAUUAUGCUGUGAACGUAACCGUUUUCUAAUAAUAAGUUUAAUGCAUUACAUUUCCUUCCCACACGUUCACGCGAACACGAAAUAACUACACGAUUUUAUUCCACCGCAAAGUACCACUAACUAGAUCGAGCGAAAGAAUGAAGGUGAACAUGAUGAGGAGAACCAGGUUAGAAACAGUAGUGUAGCAGAGGAUUAUAAUGUUGAACAAAAACAAAUGAAUGAUAGCACUUUAACUUUGCCAAUUAUAGUAAACCACACGAGUAGCAUGGGCAGGGGUAAACACAUGGGAUGCUAGAAAGGGAUAUAAUCGCAUACUACCAAACGGCAAAUAGCAGGCAAAGCAGCAGUUGAUCCUGAUCGCAUCAAGACCAAAACCCGAAUGGAUUGGGUGGCACGGUGGCCCAGCCCAAAACCAAACAAAUGUAAACAUAUUUAGUAAGGAUGCGAACAAGCGAACGAAAGAGGGUUAGAUAUAUGUAAACCGAAGAAAGAUACAGUAAUGGAUCGUGUUAAAUAGAUAUAGAAACAACCAAAACAUCAAUAGCUUUAGUUUAACUAGUUUAGCAAUAGAUGGAAACAUUGGUCAAUGGUUAGUUACCAAGGGGUUUAGAUUUACUUUCCACGAAUCUGCAUUGUGUUGAGAUUGUUUUCACGUUCUUUGUUUUGUUUAUUUUACAAAGUAAAUUUAACGUUUGUAUUGAAAUGUUUAUUCAAAUAGUUAUUUAGUCUUUCUAAAGUAUUUAAUUUGUUAUUAUUUUGUUUUGUCAUUAAACCAAAUCAUUUUUUAAUAAGUUAUGCAAACACCAGUUGCCAUCUUUUGCUAAAUAUGUUAUUCCUCUUAAGAAGUAAGAUAACGGAUUUGUAUUACGUAGUACUUUUAAAUAAAAUUAAAUCACUUCCUCUGGCCGAUCAGUUGGCUAAAGUAAAAGCAGGAAUAAGGGCCGAAAGCAUGUGCGUGAGCGUGUGUGAGUGAAUGCAUGUAAAAGGCAGUCUUCUUUUACUAGCUCGAGGUACUACAAGGCGAACAGAAACAAAACGAAAGGGAUACAGAAUAGCGAGAAAAGCAAAAUGGAUGAAAACUGAUAAAGAGACCACUCUUUUACCCUAGCUUGGCACAUAGAACGUGACAAAUGAAAAUAAUAAUACUGUUUAUAAAUCAAAGUGAUUUAGAGAUAACAAAACAAUGUAAAAAAAGAAGAUCCCAUCCCAAAACAAAACAGACAAACAAACCAACACACCAACCAACCGACAAACCACAAAUAAAUUUCCUAAAACAAAAGUCAAACAUGUUGAAAUUGUUGAAAGCA